CCUUCCCUUCGCUGCCGGGGACCAGGCCGACCCGGUCCCCAGCGGCCCGGGGCCUGCUCCUGGACCCUGGCUCGGCCCGGCCCCUGGAGGCCUGCCCUGGGGCGGUGGUGGAGGCAGCAGCCGCGGUGCUGAGGGUCUAUUCUUGUUUUCAAUGGAGAGGAUUGCACAGAUUCAUGAUGAAAACUAGCCCCCAUCGGCCCCUGAUUCUCAAAAGACGGAAACUUCCCCUUCCUAUCCGUGAUGCCCCAGGUGAAGGAGCAAAAGAUGAGCCUAAAGCGACUCCUGCUCAACAGGAGUCUGGGCAAAUGCAGCCACCCAAGGAGGUGGCAGAACCUGAUCUUCAGAAGUUUCCAACAGGCAUCAAGAUCAUCAACCAUCCCACCAUGCCGAACACCCAAGUGGUGGCAGUUCCCACCAACACAGAUAUCCAGAGCAUCAUUGCAGCCCUGACUGCCAAAGGGAAAGAGAGCGGGAGCAGUGGGCCCAACAAAUUCAUACUUAUCAGCAGUGGACGGGCCCCUACCCAUCCUCCGGGAUCCCAGCCCCCAAACCAAGGAGAUGAAGUGGGCAAGAGGGCAGAAGUGGUAGCUGCAAGCAUGGGACCAAAACCUGCAACUAGAGACGUGACCCUACCCAGACCACUAGGAGCCCAUUCUGGUCGGGGAUGGGAGCUGGAGGGCUGUGCUGGAAGUGAGGCAGCAGGCUGCCUUCUGGAUGAUAGCCUGACCAAUAUUCAAUGGUUAGGAAAGAUGAGUUCUGAUGGACUGGGUUCCUGCAGCAUCAAACAAGAGAUAGAAGAGAAAGAAAACCAACAUCUGGAGCAAAGUCAAGUCAAGAUGGAAGAACCCCCAGCUGCAUCAACCUCCUGGCAGGAGUCUGUAUCGGAGAGACCACCUUAUUCCUACAUGGCUAUGAUCCAGUUUGCCAUCAACAGCACUGAGCGGAAACGCAUGACCUUGAAGGACAUCUAUACCUGGAUUGAGGAUCACUUUCCCUACUUUAAGCACAUCGCCAAACCAGGCUGGAAGAAUUCCAUACGCCACAAUCUUUCUCUACAUGACAUGUUUGUUCGGGAGACAUCUGCCAAUGGCAAGAUCUCCUUUUGGACCAUCCACCCUGAUGCCAAUCGCUACUUGACAUUGGACCAGGUGUUUAAGCCACUGGACCCAGGGUCUCCACCACCGUCUGAGCACUUGGAAUCACAGCAACAGAAACGGCCCAUCCCUGACCUCCGCAGAAACCUGGGCAUCAAAGCUGAGCUCCCCUCGAGUGCACGACGGAAGAUGAAGCCGCUACUCCCAAGGGUCAACUCCUAUCUAGUACCAAUCCAGUUCCCAGUGAAUCAACCCCUGGUGCUGCAGCCCUCGGUGAAGGUGCCAUUACCCCUGGCUGCCUCUCUCAUGAGUUCAGAGCUUGUCCGUCAUAGCAAGCGGGUUCGCAUUGCCCCCAAGGUGCUGCUAGCUGAUGAUGGACUCUCUCCCUUUUCCACUUCUGGAUCGUUGAAAGAGGAACGAGUCCUACCUGGGGAAGGGCUGUCUCCUUUGUUUCAGGCUCAGUCUGUCAAAGAAGAAGAUCUCCAGCCCAUGGAAGAACUAUCCCAGUUUGCAAGACCCAUCAAAGUGGAGAGCCCACCCUUGGAAGAGUGGCCCUCACCCUUUCCAGUGGUCAAGGAGGAAGUACCACACCCCUGGCAGGACCCUUCCCUUCUCCCUGCCUCCAGACCCAAGAAGACCUUCACAGGGCUCAAGUCUCCACCACGGGGUGUCUCUGACAUGCUUGUGAUUAAGCGGAGGGAAAGGAGAGAGAUGAGUCGAUCCAGAAGGAAACAGCACCUUAUCCCACCUUGCUUGGAAGAGCCAGAACUAUUGUUCCCAGAGAUCCCUGGACCCUCCAGACAAAACACAGAUCUCUCCUUCCUCUCAGAGGCACCAGAGUCCACCUCCCAACUCAGCCACUCUCAGGAUGAAGGAGGUCCCUUUAAAACACCCAUCAAGGAGAUGUUAUGCAAGCUACCCAUUUCCUCCACCCCCAGCAAAGCUGUUCUCCCUAUGACCCCAGACCCAUGGAGGCUGACACCCCCUAACAAGGAGGCAGGGCUCGAUUUUAGCCCAGUGCGUACUCCCCAGGGAUCUUUCACCCUGCUGCCAGAUUCCAUGGGGCUGCUGGAUCUCAGCACUACUCCACUGAAGAAUGUUCCUCUCUUUGAGUCACCCCAGGAGCUUCUUCAUCCAGAGUCACUUGACUUGGUCUCUGACCCUUUCAAUAGCUCUCCCACUUCGGAUCCUGAAGCCCCCAAGCCUGGCUCCCCUGACAUGCAUGUCUCCAACCUUUCUGCCAACCGUUCACUGACUGAAGGCUUGGUUCUAGACACCAUGAACGACAGCCUCAGCAAGAUCCUAUUGGACAUCAGUUUUCCUGGCUUAGAGGAGGAUCCCCUGGGCCCUGACAAUAUUAGUUGGUCUCAGUUUAUCCCUGAAUUACGGUAGAGCCCAGCAGUCCCCACUAGUCCGUUAGUUGAGGUUUGACAAGUAGCUGGGUGGUCUAACGGUUAGACCACUUCACACACUCGGUGUGAAGGCAGCAGGGCUGCCAAUAGCUAGUGAAGCCCUCUGCUUCUCUUAGCUUUGUUUCUCCCAAUUAGGUCAAGGUAGCCGGUGGCGUUCUAGCUGUCUCCUGAUCCAGCUGACUGCAAGCUGGUCUCCUGUUGGCUGGUCAUUGCUCAUCACGGAGCUUCCCCCAAGAAAAUCUGCCCUUUCCCUCCAUCACCAGGCUGACCUUCUCACCAAGUGCUAAUGGGUGGGAGCUGCCUUAUCUGUAUCUAGAAGCUUCCCGCCUUUCCCUGCUCUCUUCUCGGUGGCCCUUUGGGGCCAGGUGGUCAUUGUAAAUAGUGUAUAUUCUCCAGAUUAUCCUCUAAUUAUUAACAUAACUUUAUUUCCUUAGAUCAGUAUCGUGGGGCUUGCCAGUGGGUGGGUAGAGUGAUGCAAGUUUUUUGUUUGUUUCCAUGGCUUGCUUUUGGUCUUCUCUGGGAGACAAGAGCUUCAGGUUCAUGGCUCGAGGGCUUUUCUGGGUCAGUAAUGCACUUCUCAAGAUUUCUUAACUCACCAUGCAUUCAGAAUAAGAGAUCUGUUUUCUCCUCGCUGGACUCCUACAAUAACUUUCCUGUUGAGUUCGGGGGGUUCGUAGUGGAACAAAGGAGAGCCACAACAGUGCUCUCGUUGGGAUGGGGUCAGUUCCCCAAAGCUGAAUGGGGGGAGGUAUCAGGUAACUAGGGUAUUUCUUCUAGGAUUCCAGAUUUUGCCGUGCAGCCCUGAGAAGGGAGAGUUUGGCCAGAGGAUGGAUGGGAUGGGGCGGGGGGGAGUAUGAUCAUAUGGUCACCCUUACUUAUGCUCAGUCCCCUCUGUUUGCACUUCAGCUUUUAUAACCAACCCACCCUGUAAGCCAACAUUUCAUCAUUAUAUUAGGCCAGAGCCUUAGGUACACGCAGUUGUAACCACCUACUCAAUAAAGGCCAGGGUGGAGAUG